AUGUCUGAAGGACGCCACGGCUCGGUAGCAGCGGAAGAAGAGGAGCGCAUGCGUGUGAAGCUCCCGAAGAAAUUGAUCAUAUGCUGCGAUGGAACAUGGAUGGACAGCGAUAAUGGCUGGGUGCCAGGCAAAUGGGGUCAACCAGGUCAUCUCCAGAACCCAACCAAUGUGACUAGACUAGCCCGUGCCAUUAAAUCAGAGGACGACCAUCACCAUCCGCAAAUUGUCUACUAUCAAGCCGGGAUCGGAACUGGUCUCGGUCUCUACAACCAUAUCGUCGGUGGCGGGACGGGUCUUGGUCUGGCUGAGAACGUUCGGGAAGCCUAUGCCUUUCUAGCUAACAACUAUUCUGAGCACGACGGCCUCGUUCCGAACGACAGCAUCUUCUUGGCCGGCUUCUCACGAGGAGCAUACACCGCACGAACACUCGGUGGGUUCAUUUGUGCCAUGGGUGUGCUGAAAAAGGAAGCCAUGUCACAUUUCUACGAAUGCUUCGAGGAUUGGGAGCAUGCCGGUGAUCCACAUUACAAGCCACUGUUUUUUGACAACUACAUUCGCCACCAUAAAGACAGGCAGACUGCGGUCGACAAAGUGAAGCCGGACCCCAAGAUGUCUCGAAGCAAGGAUCACACCAUCCGCGACAAGUACAUAGACGACUACUUCCGCGCCCUGCUAGCCCUCGGCCUCUCCCAAAAAGUCACCAUCAAAGCCAUCGGAGUCUGGGACACGGUUGGCGCACUCGGCAUCCCCGUCAACCCCCUCCUCCAUCGCAUCCUCCCCGUCCUCCCCUCCUUCUUCCGCACCUACCGCUUCUUCGACACCAAACUCCACAACUCGAUCAACAACGCCUACCACGCCCUCGCUCUCGACGAACGCCGCUUCCCCUACUCCCCAGCAAUCUGGGAACGCCAACCCGAAUGCACCACCAAUCUCGAACAAGUCUGGUUCCCCGGCGCCCACAGCAACAUCGGGGGCUCCUACGCCGAUCCAGGCAUAGCCGACAUCACCCUAGCCUGGAUGAUGGACCGGCUGUCAGGAAACAUGCUCGAGGAUCGCUCGAAAUUCGAGUUUCACGAUUGGAUCCAAUUCGACGACAACUAUCUCGACCACUGGUACGGCUGUCUCCACUCCUGGCUCACCGACCACCCGGACGAAGCUCUAGCGCAUCAAGGCUGGGCCCGCGGCACCCUCUACGACAGCAACACCUUUCCGCAAUCCCUGGCGGGCGCCCGCACCCGCUCCCCGGGUAAAUACCACGGCACCUUCUACGAAACCGGGAACACCGACUUCCAGCAUGUCCUAGCCGACACACAAGAACACAUCCACUCCUGCGUACGCGCGCGCCUGGAUCUCGGCGGCUUGGCGCCAGAACCGGAUUGGUCUUCCGUCUUCCCGCACGGUCUGAACCUCACUCCUCUCCUGUCCCACUUCUGGCGUCUCCUCCGUGGGGGGAAAGAACCGCUUUACCUCCCCCAGAAACGCCACGGUCCGCUGGAGGAAUGGGUCUUACACGAUAACCACGCCUACCACGACGAGGUUCACGGACCUAACAACAAGAUCUCGAUGGACUCUGGUGGGCUCGAGCAUGUCCAAUGGGAGUAUAUGGGGAAGGAGAAAGUGGCGCGGAAGGUCUUGCCAGAGGCGAGGUUGGGGCGGUUUGAGGUGAGGUUGUUGAGGCAUGAUGAGCAGAUUGCCAGGGGGAUGGAGUUUUCGAAUAAUGGAUGGAGGUGGGCUGAGAGGUUUGUGAAUCCGAGUAGGCAUGGAAGGACGAUGCCGGUGUGA